UGAGCUCAUAGUCUGUAUUAGCCUUCAGAACAUCAGUUAGAGGAGAACUUUCAAGUAGUUCAACACCUGCAGAAUAAAAGCAGAGCACAGAGCAACCAGGAGCAGAAGAAUUUCCAGAAUGAGUCAAGCUGAGGAAAGCAGUGGCAACUCAACAUGGAAUAUUGUGAGGUCAGUAGUCUGCAUGAUACUGGGCUUGUCAUUUAUAAUUGGCACCCCUGGAAACUGCAUCGUCAUCUGGACUGUUUGUACAAAAAUGAAGCGAGUAUCUCUUUCAGUCCUGCUGAUCGUGAACCUGGCCAUUGCUGAUGUCCUUGUUCUGAUCACUUUACCAAUUUGGAUUUACUCUUUUGCUGACUCAUGGGUUUUUGGAGUCAUCUUCUGCAAAAUGCUGGUUUUCAUUAUUUACUGCAGCAUGUAUGCCAGUAUAUUUCUGAUUACAGCACUCAGCCUAGAGCGGCUACUGGCUGUGUUUUACCCUUUCACAAUUCAAAAAUACAGAAGAAAAGAAAAAAUUUCUUUGAUUGUAUUCCUCAUUUGGUUCCUGUCCAUAGCCUUUGGCAUUUCUGUCAUUCCAUUUCAAGAGACAGAAGAAAUGAACGGCCGGCUUCUAUGCACAUGUCGCAACUACUCUUCUAAUAGACAGAAAGUGUCCUAUCUUCUGCUGGAGACCCUCGCAGGUUUUGUAAUCCCUUUCUUCAUCAUUUGCACUUGUUAUGCGUGUGUUGCAAGAAGAAUAAGCAGAAUGACUUACCAAGCCAAGCAGAGAUCGGAACGUCUCAUUGCCAGCGUUGUGGUGGCAUUCAUUCUGUGCUGGUUCCCUCACCAUCUCUUUAACAUCCUGGAUAUUAUCUCAAUUGAAAUAGAACUCUCUAAUGAGGAGAUGUCUUUGGCACUGGAAGAAAUUGUAGACAAAGGAGUGUACAUCUCUGGAGCACUUGUAUUCAUCAGUAGCUGUAUUAACCCUCUGCUUUAUGCUUUUGCUGCACGAAGGUUUCAGAACCACCUGAGGUUUGCCAAGAUGUCAAAGCUGUUUGAACAGAUUAGUCAGACUGUAACAGAGGAAGACAAGAAAAGAAGUCUGGUUGUAGCCAAACGAGAAGAUCCUUUGGUAGGCACAGAAAAUCUCUGACAAGGAACUCAGUGAAUAAUCUGUGUCAUGCCUUCAGCAGUCCUUUCUCCUCAUUCUCUCAGUUUCAUUUACUGAGCAGUCCAGAGAAAGCUGGAGAGAAAUAAAAGCUUUUCGGGUUUUUUCUUGUGCAUUUUAUAAAAAUAGGUAUUAACAACCUUGUCCAGUUCAUAAGUUAAUAUUCACAUCAUGAAUUGAGCACUAUUUCACUGUUGCUGAGAACCUCAGCAAGGUAGCUAAAAGCUCAAAUUGUAAGGAAUACAGCAUUUUUACUUUCCAUUAAAAUGAUUUCUGAUUUCUAGACACUCUGUGUGCAGAAAACAGAAAAGAAUUGCAUGUGGAAAAGACAGACUUUGAAAGCUUAAAAUGAAGUUUUUCUUCAGAAAAGAAUUUGUUACAUGUUCAAAAAUCCUCAUGCAAUUUAAAGUUUUAAGAAGUUAAAUUCUUUAUAUGGUUAAGAAUGGUUUUAAGGUGUACUAAUGGCAAGAAACUCUUCUGGUCAACGGGAAAUCUAAAGCUGUUUUUAUUUAUUACUUUAUUUAGGUCUGAAAUUAAUAAGGGUUGUUUACACAGUCAAGCUUAUUUACUGUAUUAUCUUGGGUUAGUAGAUUUGAACAAGUCAAAUGUGGAUUGUGACCUCUCUCCAGAAGAAGCAGAAGGUAUGAGAACUGUGUUGCAUGGCAAACAUCACAGCAUAUAUGUUGUAUUUGAUGGCAAACACACUGCAUACUUCAGUGGCAAUUUGAUUUAUUAAAUAUAUAUUUUGAGUAUCCUCAAAAUUUUUGAUUCAAAGAAGUUAAGCUUCCAAGAUGUCUAUUAAAAUGUGAAAGAAUCGGAUCAGGCUCGGGUGAGGAGGAAGGAGAGAUCCUUCAUAUUAUUUUUAUGUGUAAGAAAAUUAUGGUAGUGGCACAAAAUGUGUCAUAUCAUAAAAGCUUUGUCUUUCAAAUAAAAGUAUUAUUUUUUUUCUUUUAUAGAAUAGUGGACUUUGCCAUAAGAAACCAAUGAAUCUAUAUUUGCAAGGGUUUUAGUUUUGUGAAUGUGUGUCAACUCACUGUGAAAAAUUGCACAGCAUCAAGUGUUUGCUUUUGAAGUUUUAUUUAUUUCAAUUGUGCCUAACAUUUUUAUACUUGUUUUGUAAAUUUUUAAGUCAAUAAUUUGUAAUAAGAUCAAGAUAAUUACUGAUUAUGAAACAUAUUGUAGUUUCACAUUCCUUUUUCUGGACAACUGCUAAAUAGCUACAUUACUCAUCUUUACAAAGAAAUUACAAAUACUAACCAGAAAUUAAUUUUUGAAGUCUUAUUGUGUCACGGUGAAGGAUAUUUGAGUGGUAUUAAUUUAGCUUGUAAAUUGAAAUAAACAUGGGGAAAUAAAAUCCUUA